UCGACCACAUUAUAAUUUCUACGCAUUAACAAACAAAAAUCCCCAAAUGGCGCUCAAAUCUCGCUCCCUUUUCCUCAUAAUACUCCCAAUUCUCGUCGCUUCCAUUUCUAUCGAAGUCUCCGCCGCCCAAAGCGGCGGAAGAGGUCCCAUUGUUGGUGGUUAUAAGCCAAUUGAUAACCCUAACGACCCUACGGUCAUCGAAAUUGCAAAAUUCGCGGUGGAUGAGCACAAUAAGGAAGCCAAAUCCAACUUGGAGUUUCAAAAGGUCGUCAAGGGGGAAUCACAGGUCGUUGCUGGCAUUAAUUACAAGCUUGUUAUCUCCGCCGUGGACGGAGCUGCAGUGCAGAAUUAUUUGGCCGUUAUUUACGAAAAGCCAUGGCAGAAUUUCAAAAGCCUAACUUCCUUCGAAAAAUAUGCAGGUUAAUGUAAUUAGGAUGCCUCUUUCGGGUAGGCAAAAUUAAUUCUCAAUCCUUUGUAAUUUCGGUUUAUAGAAUGAAUAAAGAUGGUUGUCGGUUGAUCUUGAUCUA